GUACAAAAUUCUGUUGCGUUUUGACACAACUACAACGCUAUUACACUACUACACAUCGCACAUUCUUCUCUCUAUUACCCCGCCAUACCUACUGUUUGACCUAACAAGUCGUCACAUCUUUCACAAUGGUUCCCGCAGUCGGAAUUGACUUGGGCACGACCUACUCGUGUGUAGGCGUCUUCCGAGAUGACCGAAUUGAAAUCAUUGCCAAUGACCAGGGUAACCGAACCACACCCUCCUUCGUGGCCUUCACGGACACGGAGCGUCUAAUCGGUGAUGCCGCCAAGAAUCAAGUCGCCAUGAACCCUCAGAACACCGUCUUCGACGCCAAGCGUCUGAUCGGUCGCAAGUUCUCGGACCCUGAGGUUCAGGCUGACAUGAAGCACUUCCCCUUCAAGAUCGUUGACAAGAAUGGCAAGCCUGUCAUCGAGGUUGAGUACAAGGGUGAGACGAAGCAGUUCACCCCCGAAGAAAUCUCCUCUAUGGUCCUUACCAAGAUGAAGGAAACCGCUGAGGCCUACCUUGGUGGCACUGUCAACAACGCUGUUGUUACCGUACCUGCCUACUUCAACGACUCUCAGCGACAAGCUACCAAGGAUGCCGGUUUAAUUGCUGGCCUGAACGUCCUCCGAAUCAUCAACGAACCCACAGCUGCCGCCAUCGCUUAUGGUCUCGACAAGAAGACCGAGGGUGAGCGCAACGUUCUCAUCUUCGAUCUCGGUGGUGGUACCUUCGAUGUCUCUCUCCUAACCAUUGAGGAGGGUAUCUUUGAGGUCAAGUCUACCGCUGGUGACACUCACUUGGGUGGUGAGGACUUUGACAACCGACUCGUCAACCACUUUGUCAACGAGUUCAAGCGCAAGCACAAGAAGGAUCUCUCUACCAACCCCCGUGCUCUGCGACGUCUCCGAACCGCUUGCGAGCGUGCCAAGCGUACUCUUUCUUCUUCCGCUCAGACCUCUAUUGAGAUCGACUCUCUAUACGAGGGUAUCGACUUCUACACGUCUAUCACCCGUGCCAGAUUCGAGGAGCUUUGCCAGGAUCUCUUCCGAUCCACCAUCCAGCCUGUCGACCGUGUCCUUGCCGACGCUAAGAUCGACAAGUCUCAAGUCCACGAGAUCGUCCUCGUCGGUGGCUCCACCCGUAUCCCCCGUGUGCAGAAGCUCAUCACCGACUACUUCAACGGAAAGGAGCCCAACAAGUCCAUCAACCCUGAUGAGGCCGUCGCCUACGGUGCUGCCGUGCAGGCUGCUAUCCUCUCUGGUGACACCAGCUCCAAGUCGACCAAUGAGAUCCUGCUUCUCGACGUCGCCCCGCUUUCCAUCGGUAUCGAGACUGCUGGUGGUAUGAUGACCAAGCUCAUCCCCCGCAACACCACCAUUCCUACCAAGAAGUCCGAGGUCUUCUCCACCUUCUCGGAUAACCAGCCUGGUGUCUUGAUCCAGGUCUACGAGGGUGAGCGUCAACGCACUAAGGACAACAACCUGCUCGGCAAGUUCGAGUUGACUGGUAUCCCACCCGCGCCUCGUGGUGUCCCUCAAAUUGAGGUCACCUUCGAUGUCGAUGCCAACGGUAUCAUCAACGUCUCCGCCGUCGAGAAGGGCACUGGCAAGUCCAACAAGAUUGUCAUCACCAACGACAAGGGUCGUCUAUCCAAGGAGGAGAUCGAGCGCAUGCUUUCCGAAGCUGAGAAGUACAAGGAGGAGGAUGAGGCUGAAGGUCGCCGUAUCGGUGCCAAGAACGGCCUUGAGUCGUACGCAUACUCUCUCCGAAACACCCUCUCCGACUCCAAGGUCGACGAGAAGCUCGACGCUGGUGACAAGGAGAAGCUCAAGGCCGAGAUCGACAAGGUUGUCUCUUGGCUCGACGAGAACCAGCAGGCCACUCGCGAGGAGUACGAGGAGAAGCAGAAGGAGCUCGAGGGUAUUGCCAACCCCAUCAUGAUGAAGUUCUACGGAGCUGGUGGCGCCGGUGGUGUUCCCGGUGCCGGCGGCCCUGGCGGCUUCCCCGGUGCUCCCGGCGGUGCUCCUGGCGCUGGCCAGGAUGAAGGCCCUACUGUUGAGGAGGUUGACUAAACGGUUUCGCAUUCAUGAUAUCUCUUUUCUUUUUUAUUGUUCCGGCGUUUUCCUCAGGUGUUUAAUGACACACUGUGUGGCGGUCUCGGAUUUUACGGGUUUGCACUAGAUCUUACUGGUAAUGAAUGAUACAGGGCAAAAGUUGCGGUUUAUGACUUGCAUGGGAUGUAUUCUAGGCAGGAAUAAUCCUUCUACGAAGCAAUGAAGUUAAUUCAUAAAUAAACACUGCGGUCUUGAUGAAUGUGAAACAUGUG